AUGAUAGGAAAAGGUGGUUUUUCAAGGGUAUUUUUAGCUUCAUUUAAAAAAAAUUAGUUAUAAUUUGCUGUUAAAAUAAUUAGUAAAGAUUAAUUACUUUAAUAAGUAAAAGGAUUUGAUAUUCACUCUAUAAAUAUUAUUCAUAGAGAUUUAAAGCCUGAAAACAUACUUUUGUAUGAUCAAAAUGAUUAAACAAAUAUUAAAAUUGCAGAUUUCGGACUUGCUACAUAUGAUAAUUCUGUAUAAUAAUCUAUGCUUUAUAAAAAAUGUGGUACUCCGGGUUUUAUUGCUCCUGAGAUUUUGUAGGAUAAUAUAGAUAUAUUUAGUGCUGGAGUUAUAUUUUACAUAUUAUUAACAGGUGAAUAACCUUUCAAAGCAGCAAAUAAUAAAUAAUUAGUUGAAAAAAAUAAAGCAUGUUAAAUUGAUUUUUCAAUAUUAAAUUAAAAUAAUACUGUUCCAAAAGAAGCUUCUAUUUAUUGA